GCACUCGCACAGCGGCUCCCGGCGCAGCCCGCUCCCGCGCCCCGGGAACACGCGGCGAGGCGCUCCGCUCCGCGCGGCGGCGGACACCGCAUCGCGCCUUUUAGCUUCUGUCCCACUGGUGUCACCGCACCUGCCCCAGCCCCGGCGAGGGCCACCUCCCCGGGGCCCAUCCCCAUCUGUUACCUCCUGCUUAUACCACUCCGUGCCAGCCCUGCGGAGACUGCAGCAACCCCUCUGAUUUUGGGGAAGAUCCUUGGUUCCAAGAGUGAGUUCCUCCAGUAGAAUGGGGCGCUUCACCGUGUGGGACUAUGUGGUCUUUGCGGCCAUGCUGCUCAUCUCAGCCAUCAUUGGCAUCUACUACGCCUUCGUGGGAGGGGGGCAGAAGACGUCAAAGGACUUCCUCAUGGCAGGCCGCAGCAUGAGUGCCCUCCCGGUUGCACUCUCCCUCACGGCCAGCUUCAUGUCAGCCGUCACGGUGCUGGGCACCCCUGCUGAGAUCUAUCGCUACGGUGCUGUCUUCUGCAUCUUUGCCAUCACCUAUGCCCUGGUGGUGCUGUGCAGUGCUGAGAUCUUCCUGCCUGUCUUCUACAAGCUGGGCAUUACCAGCACCUAUGAGUAUUUAGAACUUCGAUUUAAUAAAUAUCUACGCCUCUGUGGAACGGUCCUUUUCAUAAUACAAACGACUUUAUAUACUGGUAUUGUCAUUUAUGCUCCAGCUUUAGCACUAAAUCAAGUCACUGGCUUUGACUUGUGGGGCGCAGUGGUGGCGACUGGCGUGGUCUGCACAUUCUACUGCACACUGGGUGGUCUGAAGGCAGUGGUGUGGACAGAUGUUUUCCAGGUUGGAAUCAUGGUUGCUGGAUUUUCAUCUGUGAUUAUACGAGCUGUGGUGGUUCAGGAGGGAAUUGGACGCAUUGUAAAUGAUUCCUACCAUGGAGGAAGAUUAAACUUCUGGGACUUUGAUCCCAAUCCUUUGCAGAGGCACACCUUCUGGACAAUUGUUAUAGGUGGGACUUUCACGUGGACUGGUAUAUACGGGGUUAACCAGUCUCAAGUCCAGAGAUAUAUUGCCUGCAAAAGCAGAUUCCAUGCAAAAUUGUCCCUCUACAUCAACCUGAUGGGACUCUGGGCCAUCCUGGCCUGUGCCACACUGUGUGGGCUGGCCCUCUAUUCCAUCUACAAAGAUUGUGACCCAUGGACAGCCAAACAGGUGUCAGCACUUGACCAGUUAAUGCCAUACCUAGUGUUGGAUAUCCUGCAUGAUUUUCCAGGAGUGCCGGGGCUUUUUGUGGCUAGUGCCUACAGUGGGACAUUAAGUACGGUGUCCUCCAGCAUCAAUGCUCUGGCUGCUGUGACUGUUGAAGACCUCAUUAAGCCCUACUUCAAAUCUCUCUCUGAAAAGAAGCUGUCAUGGAUUUCCAUGGGGAUGAGCCUGUUUUAUGGUGGAGUCUGCAUUGCUAUGGCUGCAGUGGCAUCUCUUCUAGGAGCCUUGUUGCAGGCAGCGCUCAGCAUUUUUGGCAUGGUUGGUGGCCCCCUUUUAGGACUAUUUUCCUUGGGAAUCCUCUGCUCCUUUGCUAAUGGAAUUGGAGCAUUUGUGGGUCUUGUCAGUGGCUUCGUUAUUUCACUUUGGGUUGGAAUUGGAUCUCAGAUUUAUCCUCCACUUCCAGAGAGGACCAAGCCACUCUAUCUCUCAACUGCAGGCUGUAAUAUAUCCUCAGGAAAUUUAACAACAGAAAUUCCAUUUACAAUGGUUUUCAGCACACCAGGUGCAGAAAGGCCUGCCCUGGCAGACAACUGGUAUUCUUUGUCUUAUCUCUACUUCAGCACACUUGGGACACUUGUCACAGUAGUUGUGGGAGUAAUUAUCAGCCUCCUAACAGGAGGACUAAAGCAGAAUACGGAUCCUAAGUUCCUGCUGACCAAGGAAGAUUUCUUGUCCAACUUCUCACGGUCUGAAACUGACCAACCAGAGAAAGUGGAAGUGUUGAACUGGAAGCCAUUUACCAUGGCAAAUGAAGGAACUGACAACCCUGCCUUCAGCCACAUUGAAAUGGAUGUUGCAAGUGACAAGAACAAAGUCAAUGGUCUUCAUAUAUGACACAAGGCCGUGUCAGCCCAUGAGGACAGUUUUGUUCAUGUAAAGCACUGUUGACAUUCCUGUUCUGGGUCAGUUACCAGCUCUGCUGGGGUCAUGGGCAGGCAUCCGCUGAUCUUUCGCCUUUGCAUGACCUUGACUUUAGUCAAGAAAGGAAUCAGUUUUUUCUUGCACUUCCUCACUCGCUCACUCUGUUUCUUGGUGACAGAGCAUAAAGCAAUGUUUCUAUGUGAAAUAUUUUCCUGAUAUUCUUGAGCCUCCUGGAAAAUACCUGCUUUUAAUCUCCUUUCACCCUCAGAGUGAAUUUUUUAUUUGGGAAGAGUACUGUUCGCCGAGACGUGGCUGGUUUUUUUUUUUUUGUUUGUUUGGUUUUUUUGUUUUUUUUUUUCUUUUCUUUUUUUCUUUUUCUUUUCUUUUCUUUUCUUUUCUUUUCUUUUCUUUUCUUUUCUUUUCUUUUCUUUUCUUUUCUUUUCUUUUCUUUUCUUUUCUUUUCUUUUCUUUUCUUUUCUUUUCUUUUCUUUUCUUUUCUUUUCUUUUCUUUUCUUUUCUUUUCUUUUCUUUUCUUUUCUUUUCUUUUCUUUUCUUUUCUUUUCUUUUCUUUUCUUUUCUUUUUUCUCUAAAUGCAUGGAAAAUAUGAAGAGAUUAGAGUGUGGGACCUUAUCAGAUUGCUAGAAACAGUGGGCCUAUUUUUUUGUUUUGGGAGGUAUAUUUAGUGCUAUCUGGUUCCUCUGUAGAACUGAUUCUGAGAGCAUAUUUAUUUUGCUGGUUUUGUCGUCUAUGUUUUUUUUAACCCACUUGUUUCUUGGCUACCUGCACCUUCUCCUUUAUGCUCACUGCUGAGAGCUGCAAGAGUGACUUUGGUGGUGGUAGAGGCAAGAAUCAGUACUGUCUUUCCCUUCAUGCCCUGUCUCCCUCUUCUACCCUGCCCUUACAGAGUUGGUCCUCAUGGAGGAAAUCAUCUAUUUACACUUUUUAUUCAGUGCCAUAGACCAGAACCACAGUAGCCUUAUGCUGCGUGCCCAGCUUGUGGCCUAGGAUUGUUCUUGUACUGGGCUGGGCACAGUGCAGUAGAGAUGUUAAUAAAGAAGAUUCCUUUUUGGGUAUACUGGACAAGAGUGAAGGUUGCAUUUGCAGUUGCCACAGCAGUUCUCUCCAGAGCUAGGAGCUGAAACCUUCUUAGCCCCUGGUGUUCUUGCAGUCUUUGUUUUUACUCUGGGGCUUCAUGUUUAAGGUUUGUUCAGACCAGGCAAGUGCACACUGUGUUUUGGCAGGCGUGCAGAACCCCCUGCACAAUUCUCCAGGAUGGAGAAGGGAGCACAGAGGAUGUCAUAUAGUAAAGGGUUCUUCAGGGCUACAGUGCUUGUGAAAUGGCUUGUCCUCUGGUGGGGCUGCCAAGAGAAUGUUAACAACCCAUACAUGUGAGACCAUGCACUGUGGUGGUGUUUUGGGGAGGGUGAAAACCCCCAUUGCUUUCUUCUCCAGCUUGCUUUCAGGUACAGUGAGGAACAGACUCUGACCCACUGUGUUGUUUUUGUACUUCAAACUUUUACUAUGGCUAUACAAACGUGUUUAAAACUCUUCUACAGCAGCAAAAUCAAGUCAGAAAAUUAAAGUCAUUGCAGGAGAGCUGAGCUUUGAAGCUUAGAAGGCAGUCAUGCUUGGAAAUCAAGUGAAAAACUGACUGCAUGCCUUAAACACUUUCUAAAAGUUAAACUGCAUUUCUGCCAAGUACUGAGCUGCUGUAACUUGGAAUAUGACACAGUCUUAGCUUACUUACUUGACCCUGUAGCAUCUAAAUCAAUUUUUUUCUGUGCCCUUGAGACAGAGGGCACUUGAUGAUCUACUGCAUAAGGGCACUUGAUGAUCUACUGCAUAAGAUGAACAGUUAGAAUCAGAAAAAGAAGGUGAAAAAAUGGGUACCAAGGACCAGACCAGGAGAACAGGCCAGCCAGACCCUCUGUGGGUGCCACCAAGACCAUGACUGUCAGCUAACCCAGCACAAAACCACAUGAUGGAGGCAGGUUUCCCCCAUGCCUCCUGAAGCUUUUUUUUUUUUUUUUUUUGCAUUAUCCAGUGCAGAGUUUAGGGUCAGCCCCUUUUCUCAGUCUCCUCUGUUGCAGCUCUGGGUUCAGAGCCACUGUGUGGAAGGGCUAGAUAGGGAUAGAUCCCAUGAGUUAUGUCUUGUGUCCCCAUAUCUGAGAUCAGAGACAAACAAAGCAUCCUGAAUAAAGUCUAGGAUUGAGGACAGGAAUAUCUCUGUUUUGGGACUAUCCAAGAUACUCUGAGACUAUUAGUCCAUUGACUGAAUCAGCUGGCUAUGCUUCUUGAGUCUGAGAAGGUAAGUGCAGCUCAUUCAGUCUUGUGCCUUGUCUUCAUGACUCAGAUACUGCAUUCUGUGCUAUGGAAUACUUCUUCAGGCUUGGAAUAUGAUAAUUUAUACUUACCAGGUACUUUCAGUCCACAGAUCUGAAAGAGGGUAAGUACUGCUAUCUCCAUGCUGCUGCAGAGUGCUAAAGUGGACUGGUGUGCUUCUGCAUACCUGUGCUUUGUGAGAGAGAGUAAGCUGUAACAGAGAACAGAAGCCUGCAGCAAGCACUUGACCUGUGUGCCUGCUGGUGUGGCUACAGCCCUCCCAAUCCAAAUGCUGAAUUCCCAUCUGAAUGUGCUUCUCCAGAGGGUGACUGGCCACUGCUGUGUGAAACAGCACCAGCAUGUUCUUUCUGCAUCGCUCUGUGCUGAAAUUACCGUGCUGUAGUUGAUGCUGCCUUAGACUGUGUUAGAUCAUCUGUAACUUCUACCUGCUUUGUUCAUGAAGACUAAUCUUCCUGGUUAUCAUACUUAAAAAAUGUAGUUUUCUUCUCCAAGCUUCGAAUUCAUUUAGUUGCCUAAAACAGAGGAAAUGUGUAAAUUACCAUCUUACCUCCCCUUUAUUGCUGAAGUCACUGAAGCACUCAGUCAUGUAACACAAAUUUUGGUAUGAAGUGAAAGUUUGGCCCAGGUGGUAUUUAUUGGUUCACAAUCAUAAUACCCAGAUGAGUUUUCACUGAGAAUUUUAUCUUGCUGUAAGCAGUUUAGAGACAAACACCUUUACAAGUUGCAGGUGACCUGUGCAACUACCCCAUUUCCUGCUAUCUAACCUCCCAUGACUGCUGCAGAGCUAUAGAGUGACUCUUCUGGCUUUAUUUUUUUCUAUAUUCUUCUUAAAUCAUUAAUUAAAACAAUUCACCAAUUUUCAAUAAUAUUUUCUCUGGGAAAAGAUACUCUCCUCUGCUAGCUGAAGUCUAAGCCAGGGCCUUCCUAGUCUGUGUAAAAGCAAGAUAAUUCUUGGAGCCUCCACCAUACUCCUGCACCCUGAUCCUUCAUCUCUCCCAGCUAAAAGCUCACCCAAUAAAGAAAUGUGAGAUGCUCAAAACUGAUUUAUUUCACAGGAGUAGAAGCACUCCACAGUGUUCAAAUUACAUGCAGCAUCUAGCAGGCUCACCAGACAAAACAAUUAGGAACCUGUUUAAGUAAAAACAUUAAAAAAACCCAACCCUAAAACUCCAACAGUAACAAUAUUUGACUAUGUGAAUACACAAAAAAACCAUAGAAAGAAAAUAGGAAUAAAUUUUCUCUCUUUCUGAUCUGCAUUUAAAUUUUACUUUUGUCUGACUGAUCAGUUUGUUUGCUGAACAAAUAAGGUAAACAGAAAGAAACUCAUGAAUGACAACUGCUAAAUAUUUCAUAUGCAUAAUUUAUUUUUAAAGUUUAUAACAUCACAUUGUACAAGCAUUAAACAUGGCUUUGUGUUGAUGAUUGUUUUUUAAAGUGUGAAAACUUGACAUUCUCCUCCAUAGAUUUUUUCUAUUUACAAAUAAACAAUCUCUCUAUAUACUUUAUAUAUAUAUAUAUAUUAUAUAUAUGGUCAAUAAUGUAACUCCCCUCAGAAAGAUUUAAAAUAAAAAAGAACUGAUUUGUAAACAUGA